ACUUUGUCCCGGAAGAUUGUGCUCCGGUAUUUCGCCGGUCUUUUUCAGGGGUGAAGGGUCGAUCGGUCGAUAUUCCGUCGCGGAUCUUCCUAGCGACAGAUUGUCGUGCGGAAGGUGCGAAAUUCUCGCAAGUCUACCUACCCACUCACCCCGCCCUUCUCCUCUUUUGACCGACGGUGUAAUGACGCGGAUGACGAUAUAGUGAGUCGAACGAUGCGAUUUGUGUAGCUGCUGCUGCGAGGAACGAGUGAGCGGCGGUAAAAUCGAUACGGGCGAUACGAUAAAGCGAUUGAGGAUAUGCACGGAAGAUCGAGAUGACUUUAUGAAGAAAGUGCGGGGAUAGUGGGACGUGUCGGGGAUUAAAGGAGACGCGUCGGAAUGUUGAGGGCGUCGCGGCGGCCCUAAAUCCGAUCGAGCAGCUGAGGGAAGUACCUCGUUCCCCGAGCACGAGGAUCGCCUAUAACAAUCAUGUGGUGCAGGACGAGUCUCGUGAGGUGCGUCGGCACCUUCUAUGUCGCGUAGAUGAACAUCGAAACCGUACGAAGGAUGAUAGCCAUCUAAGAAUCCUCUCCCGGCGACCCGUGCGACCAGUUUUUGAGGAUGUGCAGUUUGGUGUUAAAGUGCCGGUGAACGAGCGCCCCAUUCGCUCUAUCUAUGACUCCCUUCCUUUUCCAUUAUCGCGCUUCAUCUCACAGGGAGUCCGCGCUAACGAUGCCAUAGUCGCCCAAGUGCGAACUGAUUUCACGUCGGACACAAUGGCACUGUUGUUCGCCAUAAUCGUUAUUUCGAUCACCACUGCUAUGUCGCUGCCGCCGGUCAUUAGAAUCGGAGCGAUCUUUACCGAGGAUCAAAAGGAUAGCCCGUCAGAGUUAGCGUUUAAAUACGCCAUUUACAAGAUCAACAAGGAUAAGACUCUUUUAGCGAACACGACAUUGGUUUAUGACAUCCAAUAUGUGCCUAAAGACGAUUCGUUUCACACAUCCAAGAAAGCUUGCAAGCAACUAUCCAGAUCAGUGCAAGGCAUCUUCGGACCGUCCGACCCACUUCUAGGCGCUCACAUUCAAAGUAUAUGCGAGGCUUUAGACGUACCUCAUCUCGAAACGAGGGUCGACUUCGAGCCUACUUUCAAGGAGUUCAGCAUUAACCUAUAUCCCGCUCAAGACCACCUUAACAAAGCAUUCAAGGAUCUUAUAUCCUUUCUAAACUGGACCAGAGUAGCCAUUAUCUAUGAAGAGGAUCACGGUCUGUUCAAACUGCAGGAUCUCGUGAAAUCCCCGCCAUCCGUGAGAACUGAAAUGUACAUUCGUCAGGCAGGUCCUAGAUCCUACAGGCAGGUCCUGCGGGAGGUCAGGCACAAAGAGAUUUUCAAGCUGAUUGUUGACACGGAUCCGGCGCACAUGCAGCAGUUCUUUCGAGCGAUAUUGCAGUUACAAAUGAACGACUACAGAUAUCAUUACAUGUUUACCACCUUCGACAUAGAAACGUUCGAUCUGGAAGAUUUCAAAUAUAACAGUGUGAAUAUGACAGCCUUUCGCUUGGUGGAUCUUGAAGAACCCAAGGUUGCCGAAGUACUCAAGCAGAUGGAACGCUUCCAACCAACGAUUGGGCAUGCCAUCCUGAACAAAACAGGAAUCAUUCAGGCAGAACCAGCCUUAGUGUACGAUAGCGUGCAAGUUUUCGUGCACGGCUUAGCAGCUUUGGAUCGCAGUUACGAUUUAAGACCAGCGAAUCUGUCCUGCGAAAAGGAGGAGCCGUGGAACGAUGGUUUAUCACUCUACAAAUAUAUUAAUGCCGCAGGCUUAAACGGACUAACCGGACAUAUCACAUUCCACGAAGGAAGAAGGAACAAUUUCAAAUUAGACCUCUUGAAACUGAAGAAGGAAGAGCUCGUCAAAGUCGGCGAAUGGAAAUACGACACUGGCAUCAAUGUUACAGACAUAGAUGCCUUUUACGAGACCACAGCAACCAAUAUUACACUCGUAGUGAUGACGAGAGAGGAAAGACCCUACGUCAUGGUAAAAGAAGACAAGAAUUUGACUGGCAACGCAAGGUUCGAGGGCUUCUGCAUCGAUUUGCUCAAGUGGAUCGCUGGCCAGGUCGGCUUCCAAUAUGCGAUCAAAUUGGUGCCUGAUCACAUGUACGGGGUGUACGAUCCAGAGACGAAGGAAUGGAAUGGGAUUGUUCGAGAGCUCAUGGAGAAGAGGGCGGAUUUAGCGGUUGCCUCCAUGACGAUUAAUUAUGCCAGAGAAAGUGUAAUAGACUUCACCAAACCGUUUAUGAAUCUCGGAAUUGGAAUUUUAUUUAAGGUGCCGUCCGGUCAGCCGACGCGGCUCUUCUCCUUCAUGAAUCCGCUGGCGGUCGAGAUCUGGCUCUACGUGCUCGCCGCCUACAUGCUCGUGAGCUUCACCCUCUUCGUCAUGGCGCGCUUCAGCCCGUACGAGUGGAACAAUCCGCAUCCGUGUCUGGCCGAGAGCGACGUGGUCGAGAACCAGUUUAGCGUCAGCAACAGUUUCUGGUUCAUCACCGGCACCUUCCUCAGGCAGGGCAGCGGGCUCAACCCCAAGGUUUCCAAACGAACGUCGUCGCGGCUCUUCUCGUUCAUGAAUCCCCUCGCCGUGGAGAUCUGGCUAUCCUUGCUGGGCACUUACGUAAUGGUAUCCUUGGCGAUAUGGAUAGUGGCAAGAUUGUCACCCUACGAAUGGGUGGAGCCGUCGCCCUGUCCGAGCUGUAAAUGUCCCUUGCAGGGUAGUCACGUGAGCGCCUUGGACCCGGACAGCGACGACAUUCCGCUGCUGAGCACUGUCAACGAGUUCAGCCUGGCCAACAGCUUUUGGUUUGCCGUUGGCACACUUAUGCAACAGGGCAGCGAUCUCAACCCUAAGGCCACCAGCACGAGAAUAGUAGGCGGCAUAUGGUGGUUCUUCACAUUGAUCAUCAUCUCCUCUUACACCGCGAAUUUGGCCGCCUUUCUGACGGUUGAGAGAAUGAUUACGCCGAUCGAAAACGCCGCCGAUCUCGCGGAACAAACCGAAAUAUCUUACGGCACUCUGGAGGGUGGAAGCACGAUGACUUUCUUCAGAGACUCGAAAAUUGGCAUUUAUCAGAAGAUGUGGAGGUUUAUGGAAUCGAGAACUUCGUCCGUGUUCGUUCAAACUUAUGAGGAGGGAGUGAAAAGAGUUCUGGAAGGCGACUACGCGUUUUUAAUGGAGUCAACCAUGCUCGAUUAUGCGGUUCAACGUGACUGCAAUCUGACGCAGAUAGGAGGUCUGCUGGAUAGCAAAGGAUACGGAAUUGCUACUCCAAAAGGCUCGCCCUGGAGGGAUAAAAUAUCUCUAGCUAUUCUGGAGCUGCAGGAGAAAGGCGUAAUACAGAUACUCUAUGAUAAAUGGUGGAAGAACACGGGCGACGUGUGCAACAGAGACGACAAGAAUAAAGAGAGCAAGGCAAACGCUCUCGGAGUCGAGAAUAUCGGCGGCGUCUUCGUCGUACUUCUUUGCGGCCUGGUACUUGCAAUCUUGGUGGCGAUCCUCGAAUUCUGCUGGAACUCCAAGAAGAACACUCAAUCGGACAGGUCCCUCUGCGCGGAGAUGGCCUCGGAAUUGCGAUUCGCCGUACGUUGCGGCUCCCGACAGCGGCCCGCCGCGAAGUCGCGCAAUUCCGCGGCCGCCGAAUUGUGCGGCCGUUGCAGCCCGCGGUCCUCCAGGAGAAGGGCCCGCCUCUGCUCCUCCACGGAACACGAGGAGACCACCUACAUACCGAACAUCGAGAUCCCGCGAUUAAAUGCAGGAGGGUGGUGCGUUGUCGAUGACGGUGAUGAAGAAAUCAUUGAGCUUCGAUCAAGUGACGGCGUCCCAUGGCGGGAACACCUAGCACAGGCCUCAUCCUCAUCUUCACCCUCAGCAGCAGCAACAGCAGCAGCAGCAGCAGCAGCAACAGCAAUCACAACAGCAACCGCCACCGUGCAAAGCCACCCCCACGCACACGCGUCACACACACUGCCACUCACAUUCACACAUUCACAGCCAUGCGCACAAACACCAAGCACCUCCGCCGAGACAGAGACGGGGCUCUUCGGACAUCAUCUUGGGUCAAGGAGGUGACCAUCCUGAGAGUAUUCUCUGGAAAUUUGACUGCGACCUAGCGGGUGAACCGGACGUAGUGAUCUCCCCGCCUCCCCCGCCGCCGCCGCCGUCGGCGACAGUCUCGAGGACCACCACCCUUUGACCAAUACUCGAAGAGGUGCCGACAGGUGUGCCUACUCAAAAGGAACUGCCCACGCAGGCCUCAGUGGUCAUCAACGUGGUUGAUCAGAAGGAGACCUGCUUAUAACACAUAUAGUCGCCGGGGCGAGCUGGUAAACCGCAACGAGGGCCAUCCCGCGCCGACGAUGAUGACGACGUGGCACCAUCGAUCGAUAUUGUGUAAACGCGGAACAACUGAUUAGACGAAGACAGUUCUAUAACGGAGAUUUUACGUACAUAGUGCCGCAUGUAAUAUAUUCCCGUGACGCGUUCCCAUUUUUGUGCCGAUGGAAACUAUGAAAUACAACGCGGGUCAAGUGGCAUGACACUCGACGAAUUUAGCGAGCCGGGCUUGCACGUCGGCGCGUGUAUGAUUCCGCGCGUAACUGUGAAAGUAUCGAUCGAACCGGUGCCGACGCAAGAACGUAAUCGGGAUAAUGGAGACUGUGCGGCAAGGCCGGGUGCUUCUGUUGAUAAAAGUCACGACCGAGUGAGCCCCGGAGUCAUAAUGGAACAGACGUUCGCCGGUUUACGAAGACAAUGGGACGCUAUUCGAAGAGCGAAGCGUGUUCCUCGCUAACUGCCAGUGAUUAUACACGUCUGACCGGGUGGGAUGAAAUUGAAAGGUGCCGGGGUGCGGGCGAUGUCACGGAUCAAUCGGGGCAAUAGGCGCCGCAUGGAAAAUAGAAUUCCGUGCGCAACAGCAGACACAAGAACGGGGACUGCCCGUGUCACGAAAUUUCCCAGGGCACCGGCGAAAUUGAGUGGAAGGCCGCGAACAGCUUACGUUCGUUCGAGGUGUCCAAACUGACCAGAAUCGACCACGGUGACGCGACACGUAUCGGCGCAGCGCGAGCCGAUACCGGAGCCGAAUUUCAAGUGAAACAUAUCGAAGCGGAUUUAGAAACUCGGUGGAGUUUGUUGAAGGCCGACCGUCAUGUAUAGGAUUGUUCUCUAGCUGCGUUGCGUACGUUAGGAACUGCGUCCUGAGACAAACAACAACGGGUUGUUGAACAACGGGUUGUUGAAACAUCGAGCCAUUCGUCACCAAUCACGAGGGCUCGAUAAUUAUCCGUUGACUGAUCGAUAGUGAUACGUGAUUACCUCUCAGAAGGGAGCAUUCGCAGUCAUGAUACGGUCGGCGCACACUGCGCUGCUGUUCUGUGAGCAGUUCUAUAUGUGAACGCCGGCGCCAAGUUGAUCGCAAGAUCGCUGACGAGGUCGCAUGCGAACGCGAUGACAAAGUCUAUUGGAAUGCAGUUUCCAGUGACAAUAAUUUCGGUUCGCGAUUUUGCCGCGACAACAACUGUAAUGCUCACGAGACGAGUGAGAAUCUAAUAAAAUCAGGUGAAUAUUUUACCUCUUGCGAAUUCUCGAUCCCGAUCGAAGAGUUGCGAGAUAGAUGGAACCAAUAGACAAGUAAAUGAUCGUAAGUUACAAACGGCUAAAUAGAAUUUUUACACGCGAACAGGUGUAGCGCGCCGAAUAGCAAACAAAGACGGAAAAAAAAGGAACAUCGACGGCUGUAUCAUAUGACUCGGACCAAAAUCGAAUUAGUGAUCACUGCCAGAUUUAGCCUAAACAAAUGUCGAAGCGUCCAAUCAUUUCGAGCAGAGACAGGUAGGUGUAAAAGUCGAUCUAUGAGAAAUAGAUACAAACGGUGCUUGUUAUGAAAAAUUUGUAGAGCUAACAACUCGACGUUGUUGCUAAUUUCAUGCUGCAAUAUGUCGGAUAAAAUAUAACAUUUAAAGCUGAAAAAGAGAGUUCUUAAUUUUGGCAUUAGUCGAGAGAAGACUUAUUAUUAUUUGAUUAGAAAAGUAAGAAAUUUGAAGUUGAAGCCGCAACAGAUGAAAGAAGUGACGUACGAAUUUUCAUUGAAAUAAUAUUGUUAUCGAGAACUUUUUUCGUUCAGACAUUUCCAUGUUCAGUUUCUGCGUUAAAUUUAAGCAUAACGUUGCCUCUUUCUCUUUCAAUGCUCCAACAAUUAGUGAUUUGAUGAAAGUAAGCUCUUUUACAAAUAUAUUAUAUAAUUUCCAACUGGGAUAUAUCAGUCGAAAAAAUUGAGUCGUAAGAUACUUCGAAAAUCGAUAAUGGAGAAGAGAGUACGGUCACCUGAUAACGUCUAAUCGUUGUAUUAUAUGCAAGAUGGUAUACUAAUUGUUGAAAAGUGGUUUAUAAAUCUUUUGUAUAAAUAUAUGUGUGAUUUAUAAAUGCACUUAAGAAACGUAAAUAUAUAUGUAUAAAUAUGUAUAUGUAUGUAUACGUAAGCGUAUGUACAUAUUACACGUACAUAUAUUGUGUGCGCGCGGCACAGACGACAAAGUCUGUGCGGCGUGCGAACGUGCCAAAAGACUUGGUCAUAUUUUGACACGAUCGAAUAGUUUAUUAUCACUGAUGUACGUACAGCGAGUGUUUUUCACAAAAAGAAAGAAAGCAAGUAGGGAUAAGCCGAUUACAAACUAUUCGACAGUUUUUAGCUGUACACACCACGGCGUUUCGUAUUGUGAAUACAUUAUUAUACGCGUAUACCGCUGUUUGUUGAGAAGAUUACGUCGUACAGUGAGUUUGUUAAAUGCAUUAUUAGCCGUCGGACAGUGAGAGUGAGUAUAUAAGUAUGUGUAUGUGCGAAUUAUCUAUCGACGAAAUUUUUGUUCUCUACAAAAAAAGAGGUGGAGGAAGAUGAAAACAAAUGAAAAAAGAGAUGAGAUAAAGGAAUACACCACAAGUUAUAUAUGUGCUCGAAAAUGAGUUAUCCAUACUGCCACUGUGUGCGAUAAGCCGAUAUACGAUGUGUUUUUAAUUCGGUACGUUUGCCAAUUUUACGGCUACAACGCGUACUUCGCAUUGCAGCCGAUAAUAACAUGAUUAAAAAGCUGAUAUUAACUCAUGCCAGUCGUACACAUCACUUACACUACAAGGCUCGUUACGAAAUUUAUCGGCGAAUAUGAUGGCUCUAUGUCUAUAUCUGAGAUACGAGAGAUGCAUAAAUUUUCCACUCGAAUGAAACCGAUAUCGUAAGUAUAUGCGAAUAAAGGGGAGAAAGAGAGAGA